UAACAGUUGUAUGUUGAGCUAAUGAUGAGUAAGACUCAUCGCGGAAUGAAAUGAGUGUAGUUUUUCCGUGCAGGAAGAGAGAAUUCUUGGCUCCUUCAAAAACCCUUCAAGAUCUGAAAGUAAAACUCGGUCCUGUUUAUUUUGAUGCUAAAUUGAUUGAAUGUCCCCAAAAUGCAGUUGAACUCGUAAAGCUCCUACAGAAGUUGGAAGAGCUUGAUAAACAGAAAUUCAAGAAGUUGUCGGAAAAGUCCAGGGAACAAAGAGUUUUACAGAAUUCUUUAUCGUCAAGGUAUGUCAACAUUAAGGACCCGUCAUGUUCCUCCUUAUUAUCCACCUCCUCAUCCGUCAAGAGUUUCUCCGAGGUCAUCGACCAGAAGAAGCUGCCACCUGGCUUCCGGUUCCAUGCAAAUGGCGAUCCGAAGUCGGGGGUCAUGGCGCCCGACAGGGACGUCGUAGACUCCAGGACAUCCGUGACGUCGCGGCUCUCAGCUACAGACAGGAGGGACGGCAGGUGGAGAGAUGAUGACGGCGGCAACGUCGAUGAUGACAAACUGGAAGAUGAAAUAACUGAAGAGAACACUCCCCGUGACCCGGGGUAUGAAGAGAUUGAUUACAGCCAUGAAAUAGAAGAGCUGGAAAGGGUAAUAAUGCAGCUUGAGGCCCAGCUCAUCUCUCAGUCGGACAAGUCCACAAUCUCUGACGACGAAACUGUUUCGUCUAAACACAAUUUCCUCCGGGCCCACUCACACUCCGGCGAAAUCUUCGAGUCGUGUCUGAACCGGACGUCGGCAAACUACGCUUACGACCCAGAACAGCAGUACAGACUGGAAAAACUGCCUGGCAGUCAGUUCCUUGGCUCCCGAUUCAAACCGACAGUGUCGAAAAAUUCAAAAUGCCUUGCGUGUCAGUUUAAGCUGAGGCAUGUCGGAAACGAGUUCCUCAAAUCCAAUGGCAAGGGCAUCACGAAGGAAAGAUGGCAUAUCGCACCUUCAGGCUGCUUUGUCGCGAGCCCCACCAUCUCCGCCAAGUCCAGCCUCAGACUCAUAGAACAGACCCAGCAAAGUAGAGAGUCAAUGGUCAGAGAUUGGUCUGGCGGGUUGCCAGGAGAUUCCAGCAGAGGGUCCGCCAAAACACUUCCCAGGCGACAUGGGAGCUCCAUCGUGUUCAAGAACAGCAGCAGCUUGACGUCCAACACGUCACCAAGGAGGCGCCGAGACGGAACCCAGUCUCACACAAGCAGCAUGACGUCCAACGUAUCAGGGAGGCACUUAGACGGAACCCAGUCCCACGCAAGCGGCAUGACGCCCAGGGUGUUAUCGGGGAGGCGUUUAGACGGAACCCAGUCUCACACAACCGGCAGGGCGUCCAGCAAGUUACAGGAGAGUCGUCAGGACGGAACCCAGUCCAAUACUAGCAGAAGGGUUGUCUCAUCUACCGUGGGUUCCACGUCAAGUCUACGUAGAUUCUUGUCACCACUACAGAAGGACUCGAGAAUGCAGAUGCUCAGAUCUCAAGUGGAACAGGACACAUACGACUGCCAACAAAAAGUGGAUGCUUUCAUAGAUGACCUGAAAACGAAGAAACUCACAGAAUCCAAACACCGAGGGGAACACGACUGAAGGAUGGCAUCUCUCCGUGCCCCAUCACCACGCCCUCGGCAUUAAUAUGCUGCUCAGUAACCAGUCGUAUUCAGACAGCGAUCCGACCUGAUAUGAUGACUGUUAAGGAACAGAAACUGGGACAUGUAGUAUCGUUUUGUCGGUUAUCUACUGGGACAAACUGGCUUUGUGCCUUGUUUACGAGACCCUAGGUCACGCCGUCUUGUCUGUACGGCCUUCCUUGUGUCAGUCGUGUGGUAAUAUGUAUGCAUGUCCACGUUCCGUUAGAUCUAGACCACGCCAUUAGUGUCAGUUUAGAGGAAAUAUGUAUGUCAAACCAUAUGCAUAUUGCCUCUGUUCAUAUUGCAUGUAGUAAAAUCAGGACCGAUGAAAAUAAAUUAUUUUUGUAAACA